GAGAGCCAACCUGGACAACCCUCAACACGAUCUACUUGAUACAGUUGACAAUAUAUCGGCACGAUAUCCAGCGAUAUCUGCGAGAAACGAAACUGAGCCGAACGAGUUGUAAUCUCACUUGCACGCCAAUCCAAUCCAAGUAGCCGGUGCUUUCUACUCGGCCCCUUCUCGACCAUGCUAUUAUGUGUACUCACGGUUUUCCCGUUCUCGUUUCGCCACUUUACAUUUCACGCUUUUUCCUGCAACCUAUUUCCUCCGUUGAGGCAAGCUUGCGGGAUCUGGAGGCUAUUCUAGCCGAGGUUUUAUUGCGCCGUCGGACCGCUAACGGUGCGGAUUCGUUCUUCGAUUCUGCUCCCGUAGCAGGUGCUCGCCGAAAGCGAUGUUUCUAAUCGGGCUGACUGGCGGCAUCGCGUCCGGUAAGAGCACGGUCGCCAGCAUCUUGCUUUCGCUCGGAAUCGAUGUCAUAGACGCUGACAAGAUCGCCCGCGAUGUCGUCGAGCCGGGAAGGCCCGCCUGGGAGCAGAUUCGUCGGGAGUUCGGCUCGGAGGUGCUGCUAAGCGAUGGCCAGCUCAACCGCCCCGCACUCGGUCGGAUCGUGUUUGGCGACCACGAGAAGAGGCGCAAGCUAAACAGGAUCACGCAUCCAGAGAUACACAAGGAAAUGGCCUUUCAAAGCCUCAAGCUGUUUCUCAGGGGCCGCCAGUUCGUCGUGGUCGACGUGCCGCUGCUGUACGAGACGAAGACGAUGUUGCGCUUCGUGCACAAAGUGAUCGUCGUGAAGUGCACGCCCGCGCAGCAGAUCGAGCGGCUAAUGCUGAGAAACGGCUUCACCGAAGAAGAGGCGAGGAAGCGCAUCGAGUCUCAACUGCCCUUGGAGCAGAAGUGCGGUCUAGCCGAUUUCGUCAUCGACAACACCGGGGACCCGGACAGCGUGCGCGCUCAGGUCGAAGACAUCAUUCGCCAGCUCAGGAGCUCGUGGGCCCACUGGAAGGUGCGCGGCACCGUGCUGGUGGCUCUGCUGGGGCUAUUGCUAAGUGUCACGUGGUUGAUAGCUCGCGUCUACAGUGCGUUUUAACUUGGACCAAGAAGAAGGCCACGUACGUAGGCCCUCCAUCGAGUGCAGCACAACGUGCUUUUCGGAAGCUCUAAUAUCCCUCUGUAUCUGACUGGAGUAGCUGUUAGGCCGCAUUACCUGGUGCCGUGACACUCCUCCAAAGCUGUGGAAACCGAGGGAAGAUUACAAUUCUCUUUUCAAGGCAUUGCAAUGCUGGGCAUUAAAUGCCAGCCACAUUGCAUGGCCAGAUAAAAGAUGGAUUGCGAACUUUUGAAGAGAACUGUGCCUGCUAACGGCUGGCAUUGCAAGCUGUAAACAUUAACAAAAUGCUGAAAGCAUCACCUAUGCAUAGACUCGAUCCUAUGUCAUGUCAUGCUAAUAUAACGGUGGUUUUAAAUAAUAAUAUAUUUUAAUACUGGUGCAAGGUGCAUAUACACAGGGUUUUAUAGAAGAAUCAUUAUUUUUAUGUUCAUGUAUGAAUUGCAAGACAAAGUGAUAAACAGAUAAACUGUGAUGCCAA